UUGCGUCCCUGUCCCUUUCUCGCCCCGGUGCCAGAACGAGAUAGAUGAGCUGAGGACAGAGAUGGACGAGAUGAGGGACAGUUUCUUCGAGGAGGACGCUUGUCAGCUUCAAGAAAUGCGCCACGAACUGGAGCGAGCCAACAAGAACUGCCGGAUCCUUCAGUACCGGCUGCGCAAGGCCGAGCGCAAGAGGCUCCGCUACGCCCAGACUGGCGAGAUCGAUGGUGAGCUCUUGCGCAGCAUGGAGCAGGACCUCAAGGUUGCAAAAGAUGUAUCAGUGAGACUUCAUCAUGAAUUAGAAAAUGUGGAAGAAAAGCGUACUGUAACAGAAGAUGAAAAUGAAAAAUUAAGACAGCAGCUUAUAGAAGUUGAAAUUGCCAAACAAGCACUACAGAAUGAACUGGAAAAAAUGAAAGAGCAAUCGCUGAAAAGAAGAGGAAGCAAAGACAUACCAAAAUCAGAAAAAAAGUCACAGCAGACACCAACAGAGGAGGACAAUGAAGACCUGAAAUGCCAGCUACAGUUUGUCAAAGAAGAAGCAGCCUUGAUGAGGAAGAAGAUGGCUAAGAUCGAUAAAGAGAAAGACAGAUUUGAACAUGAGCUGCAAAAAUAUCGAUCAUUUUAUGGGGAUUUGGACAGUCCCUUGCCAAAAGGUGAAGCAGGUGGGCCACCUACCACAAGAGAAGCUGAACUCAAGCUUCGAUUGAGACUUGUGGAGGAGGAAGCUAACAUUCUUGGGAGGAAAAUAGUAGAACUAGAAGUAGAAAAUAGGGGUCUGAAAGCAGAGCUUGAUGAUUUAAGAGGAGAUGAUUUCUCAGGGACCGCUAAUCCACUCCUGGGAGAGCAGAGUGAAUCCCUUUCAGAAUUACGACAGCAUUUGCAGCUAGUAGAAGAUGAAACAGAAUUGCUGAGGAGAAACUUAGCUGAUUUGGAAGAACAAAACAAGCGCAUAACAGCUGAGCUGAACAAAUACAAGUACAAGUCGGGGGCCCAUGAGAGCUCUAGGCAUCAUGAUAAUGCCAAGACAGAAGCAUUACAGGAGGAACUAAAAGCUGCACGAAUGCAGAUCAAUGAGCUGAGUGGCAAAGUCAUGCAACUCCAGUAUGAGAACAGAGUCUUAAUGUCCAACAUGCAGCGCUAUGACUUGGCCUCUCAUUUGGGGAUCCGUGGCAGUCCCAGAGACAGUGAUGCAGAAAGUGAUGCAGGAAAAAAAGAAAGCGAUGAUGAUUCCCGCCCCCCUCACCGCAAAAGGGAAGGCCCUAUCGGUGGGGAAAGCGACUCGGAAGAAGUGCGUAACAUUCGGUGCCUGACACCCACGAGGUCUUUUUAUCCGACACCAUCUGGGUGGCAAAAAAGCUUCACUGACAGGCAGCAGAUGAAAGACAUUCGCUCUGAAGCUGAGCGGCUGGGCAAGACGAUAGAUCGCUUAAUUUCUGACACGAGCACCAUCAUAACAGAGGCGAGAAUUUAUGUAGCUAAUGGGGACCUCUUUGGACUGAUGGAUGAGGAAGACGAUGGCAGCAGAAUACGCGAACAUGAGCUUCUUUACCGGAUCAAUGCACAGAUGAAGGCCUUCAGGAAAGAGCUCCAGGCUUUCAUCGACAGACUCGAGGUUCCAAAGUCUUCUGAUGAUCGAAGUGCAGAUGAACCUUUGUCAGUGAGUCAGGUAGACUUUUACUUAUUACGGCCUACAGGUAAAAAGGCUCUGCCAAGUGAAUUAAGCCUCAAAUUGGAUGUAUGGCACAUGAAAAUUCUUUAUUCUAGACAGUGGACAAAAAUUUAUUUCUUAAAUUAUUUUAAAUCCUCAUUUGGUGAUAUGAAACCUUGUUCUACCAAUGGGGUUGUUUGUGAGUAUGUCUGGUCUCCUGAAAAUGUAAAUGAAUUAUGAUCUAGGAGGUUUUACUCCUUUCUGGCUUUGCAACUGCAUUUGCCAGAGUUGUGCCUUCAUUGCCAGUAAAGGCAGUGCAGACAGUAUUUUUGGCACAUAAAUUAACUUGAUUGAUUUCUUAGUGGUUGGAUUCCUACUAAAUGAAUAAAAAGAAAAUCUUACUAAUUUUAAACAGGAGGAAACAUUAAAUUCCCCAAAUUAUAGGGAAUAUGACAAACCACAGAGAAAAAUAAACCAUGCAAAUCUACUUUUACAGGGUCACAGAGCCACAUGGUAGUGUGAAUAUUGGAAUUGCUGUAACUGAUUGUAUCUUGUUGAAGGCCUAUACAUCACUGUUUAAAUGCAGCAGUGAUAACUAUCUUUUCUGUAGUUCAUUUCUAUGCAGAAUUGUUCCAGAGAGGUUUUGGGGAGCAAAUUCCUUGCUGACUCAAGAUCUUUUGCCAUGAAAAAUGAAAAUUACCUACCCUUAUCUUAUCAUGCAAUUGCUAUAGUUGGCAAAUCUUGUUAUUGCUCAUGAUAUUAUCCAAUGUUUUAGUAAGUCUCUUGCUGUGUUGAUUUACUUUGUGCUGUCCUGCUAGUUUACAGUUGAAGUAGUUGCAAGGUAAAGCUGAAAGCUAUUAUUUCUUAUUCCUAUGCUGACUAAUUAGUCUUUUGUUUCCUUGUAUCAGAAAGUCACAGACGCAGUGAGUUUAAAGCUAAUCAAUUACUCUACAUGUAUUGCAUGAAAUCAAACAGAAACGGCAUUUAGCAUGCUCACUUUCUGAUCUGGCAAUCGCUGAGCUUGUAGAGCUCCCAUUAGCUUAAAGGCAGAGCACUGCAUGGGCCUAUACAAAUUUAAAGCAAACUAAUUAGUAUUUUCUCAAAACAAGUGACAGCAAUAAUUAAAUUGGAUAUUUCAGGGCUUGACCAUGCAGAACUCCUACUGAAGUCAAUGGGAGAUGGACACUUAGUCCCUCCACAAGCAUAGUCUGAUUCACUAUUUAUUUUGUUGAAACUCUGGAUUUGCUAUCCAUUAAUUGACUGUUCUCUUUGUCUUUGUAUUUACUU